CUGGGCGGAGCAGACGUCCACUGUAAGAUAUCUGGUGUAUCGGACCACUAUGCCCAAGAUGAUCCACACGCACUCUACCUGGCCAGGAGGUGUAUUCGGAGCCUCAACUACAAGAAAGAGCCACAGGUCACGAUCGAGAAACCGGAAGAUCCUCUGUACCCACCGGAAGACCUCUACGGGGUGGUCCCAUCCAAUCUGAGAAAGGGGUACAAUGUAAAAGAGGUCAUUGCUAGACUGGUGGACGGGAGUCGGUUCUCAGAAUUCAAGGCUCUUUACGGACCGGCUCUGGUGACUGGGUUUGCACGGCUCCACGGCUACCCCAUCGGGAUAGUGGCCAACAACGGGAUCCUGGACUCGCCGUCUGCCAAUACGACGGGGUUUGUGGUGGGAGGGGAGGCAGAGCGCGGCGGGAUUGCCAAGAACGGGGCCAAGAUGGUGAUGGCUGUCGCAUGCGCACAGGUACCGAAAUUCACAGUCAUUAUCGGCGGGAGCUUCGGCGCUGGGAACUACGGGAUGUGCGGCCGUGCGUACAGUCCCCGUUUCUUGUACAUGUGGCCCAACGCCCGCAUAUCGGUGAUGGGAGGGGAGCAGGCUGCGUUUGUUCUCACCUCCAUCGCCAUACACAAGAUGAGGAAGAAAGGUCAGGAGGUCACGCCGGAGAUGGAAGCAAGAAUGAAGCAGCCGAUAGUAGACAUGUACGAUCGGGAGGGUCACCCCUAUUUCUCGAGCGCCCGACUGUGGGACGACGGGGUGAUAGAUCCGGCAGACACCAGACGUGUUCUGGCCAUGAGUCUCAGUGCAGCCCUCAACGCUCCUCUACCUGACACACACUUUGGAGUGUUUAGGAUGUGA